AUGGCCAUUAAAUUUAUAUUAUGCUUCAACAAGCAAGGUAUUGUUAGGUUGGUAAGAUGGUUUGAGCUUUCCGCUAGUGAAGCUCAAAGAACACAAGACGUAAUGGUUCAGAUAUAUCGACUGAUAUCCUCGAGAGACCAUAAGCACCAGAGUAAUUUCGUUGAAUUCUCAGAUUCUACCAAACUAGUCUACAAGAGGUAUGCGGGACUCUUUUUCGUGAUGGGGGUAGGACUUCAAGAUGAAGAACCCAUAUAUCUUUCACACAUCCAUCUAUUCGUUGAAGUCCUGGAUGCAUUUUUCGGUAAUGUCUGUGAAUUGGAUAUUGUAUUCAAUUUCUAUAAGGCAUAUAUGGUGAUGGAUGAGAUGUUUAUAGGUGGUGAAAUUCAAGAGAUAUCCAAGGAUAUGCUUCUUGAACGUUUAAGUACAAUGGAUAGAUUGGAGUAG